UUAUUUUUCACAAACACAGACGAGUACUUCACGCAAAAUCAUUCUGAAGGUAUCCAACGUCAACGACAACCAUGAUGUGGAGAAGAGUAAACGCAUUUCUGGCCAACCGGAACAAUCGGUUCUCGGUAUGCAUGGCAUUGGUCUUGAUGACCGGCGGCACACUGAUCUUUCGCUGGUCCUUCCCUGAUCAAGCAAAAGCCUUGUUUGACCCCAUGCAGGCCGAAUUGGAAUCCGUCUUGGCCCAUGACAAGCUACGAGCCAACAACAAAAAGGCGGCAACGCCCAAAAAGACGUACAAGCUUCCACCUCCGAUUUCCUACUUUAAGCAUGGCAACGAUGGCCUGGACGAUGCUUCUUACUGCAUCCACAAUUCGACCAGUGACUAUUGUUGCUCGGAAGAACACUGUGCUACCAUUGUCGCUCGAUCGACCCUUUACUCGGAAUGCUGCGGAAAUGUACACAACAACAAGACCGGGUCGAGAUCCCAGAUUUUCCCCUUGCUCAUCACAUCGGCGCCACGAGGAGGAACAUGGUUCAUGCAGCAGCUCUUGACCAAGACUGGACUGCAGGGGCUCACUACCGACGAACACACUCCACAGCAUUUGGGAACCGUGUCGUGGAAGCACAUUUUUCAUCAGGACAAGUACUACUUUGGGAGGCAGUCGACCACUCAUCUCUACAAGAGCAAGUUUCGUGUCAUUUGGCACUUGGUACGAGACCCACUCAAAACGCUCACUAGCAUUGCCUUUACCGAUCCGCUCUGGGAAGAUUCGGAUCACAGCCGCAUCUACAUGAACUACAUUGCCAGUCAUAUUCCCAUUUCCAACAAGACGGUCCUCAUGGCACAAUUUAACAUUACCAAAGAAGAGUUGGAGGGAGUCAUGCAGCACCGGACCAUUGCCAUGAACCGCAACCCCAAGCUCUCCCAUUUUCUCAUCUUUCGUGGACUGGAAAUCUACUUGUAUUGGCAGGGGUUCAUCAACUAUUUGAAUGUGCCCAUCUUUCGCUUGGAAGACUUGGCAGUGGAUAAGAAUGUCACGAUUUUGGAUGAGAUCUUUCGAUCCGUGGGACGGGAUCCACCGAGCCAUCAACGAGUCAUCCAAGUGCUCGAAGCUCAACAAAUCAAGAGGCACGAGCAUCAAAGGCGACGAGAGUUGCGUCGUCAGUUGCAGUUGGGAGCAUACAAGGGUAAUGCUCGUGGCGAUCGCAUCCGCAAGGGAAGUAGGAUUCAUCGAGCAACUCUGACAUGGGAGGAGCUCUGCGAGGUUAGUGAGAAGAAAGCACUCUCCAUGUUGAAAAUGAGCCAGUCGUUUGGAUACUAUUUGGAUGUGGACAGAGCGACCUUGUGCAAUUAGUUAUUACGAAGAAGACGACGGUGCUCCCAAUCUAUUAUCUCUUGGUGGGCAGCACCAUUACCUGUACCGGUUGGCAGCGCUUUGAAUGCGUAUUUCAAAGUGACAGAAGGGAAUGUGACACUAGCAGCUGCAGCCAACAAAAGCCCUGUCGUUUACAUCUACUAACCCCCCUUACAUAUAUUACUAGCUCCAUACCUACUUUGCUCCCA